UACCACUACACUCGAUUCUUCCUUUCCCCACUCCCCUGUCCCUCCUUCAUCUUCACCAUAUUCAAUCGCAUCAAAACAACCAGCAAAACUCUUACGAUUCACACAUUCGCCAUGGAUUUCUGGCAAAAGGCUCGCACCUUCGCUGAAGACGCUGCCAAGAGAUCACAGGAGUUAACCAAAGAAGCCGCGAAGCGAUCGCAAGAGUUAACAAAAGAAGCCGCGAAGCGAUCACAGGAAUUCACCAUUGGAUCAUCGAAGCUCUCUGACAUCGUCCUGGAGGCGUCGAAACGGUCUAAGGAGAUCGCUGCUGAGGCAUCGAAGAAGGUUGAUUUCGUUAAGGUCGAAGCGUUGAAACGUGCAGAUCAGAUCAAGUCUCAGAUUCCUUCCACUUCUGCCGCAAUCUCGCAACUCGUUGUCGAUUCUUCUGCGACAGCGCAGCCUGGGGGCACUUCCCCUGCGGAUCUCGAGAAGUUUGGAAUUACGGAAGAGCUGCGAGAGUUUGUGAAGGAAAUUACUAUAAAUACGUUUCGAGACUUCCCGCUAGAAGAUGACUCACAAAUAUCUGAUAUUCCUACGAUCUCAAAUGUUCGGCAGGAUCUUACAAAGUGGCAAGAAAUACAUGCUAAACUUGUUCUCUCAGCUGUAAAGGAAAUUUCAAAGCUGAGGUAUGAUUUAUGUCCACGGGUGAUGAAAGAACGAAAAUUCUGGAGGAUAUAUUUUCUUCUAGUAAAUACCCAUUUAACCCCUUAUGAAAAGCGAUACAUAGAAGAAGAAGAGGAGAAGAAGAAAAAGUGUGGUGAAAAGGUGAAGGAGGAUGAUGCUACAGCUGCAGCUGAAAGUGUUUCUUCUAAAACAGAAGAAGCAGAAAACCACAAGACUAAAACCGCAUCCUCAAAGACUGCUGACCAGGACUUGGAUGUCUUUCUCUUGGGCGAUCUUGGUGACAGUGAUGAUGGACACGAUGACAAAAAUGAUGACGGGUUAGAUGAUGAUGAUUUUGACAAACUAUAAUCUGAAGGAAAGAGGGGCGGGUGAAUGAAGCCAAAUGACAGAUUUGUAUUCCAGGUGAUUUGUUUUUGUUUAGGAUGUUAUGUUAUUAUCAAGUUGGUUCUUUUUUGUUUUUUGUUUUUGUAUUUUGUAUUUUGUAUUUUUUUUUUUUUUGUAUUUUUCAUAACCUUCAUUGAUGUUCAU